CAGUCACGUGGCGGGGGGGCCCCGCUGGCAGCAUGGAGGCGACGAGCGCGUGACAGACAGCGCGGGGUGAGGCGGAGCAGCAGCGGCAGCGGCGGGACCCUCGCACCCGUAAAAAUCCUCCAACAACAACAAUAACAACAAACCCGUGGAACCCCCAACGCACACCCGUGCAUUGCAACCACCGGCGGGCCGCCAGAUGUUUCCCGCCGAUGCAUUCGCGUUUUCAGUGCAAAAUCAGCUUUACUGCAGGUUUGCGAUGGUGGUUCUGCAACGUUAAGCACCGAAGCUGCACGAUUGCUUUCCUUGGUCUCGCCGUGAUUCCACCGUUGUGCCCGUCCUGAGCUCUGCCGCUGGACGGAGGUGGGGGAAGCCGAUGGUCUCGUUAAACCGCAGCGAGCCGCUGUGUAUUAGCGAGCUGUUGCCGGCUGCGAGGGCCGGCUGCGGCGCGGAGCGGGGCCGCGGGCCGGGGGCGAGCGCGGCCUCUCCGGAGCACGGUGGCAGCGAGGGAUGCAGCCCGCGCUCCUGCUCCAGCCUGGACUCUCCGGACGGCCGUGAGUCGCUGGAGCGGAGCGGCGUGGUGCGGAUGCUGGUGUCGGGCUUCGAGAGCCACCAGGGCCCGCACCCCGGGCCCCUGCUCGAUGCCGCCGUGGCUGUGCCCGACUUCCGGCCCGGCUCGUCGGCCGGCUUUGUGCCCACCCUGGAGGAGAUCGAGGAGUUCCUGAAGGAGAAGAUGGAGGCGGUCAGGGAAGGUCUAUCGGAGGGAGGGGAGGAGGCGGAGAUCAAGGUGGAGGUGAAGUCGGAAGCCUCGGUGGAAUCUGGCGGCUGUUUGGAAGACGGAGGGAGCGGGGCUGGCGGGGACGCGAGCGGCACGGACCCGGUGGCUGAGAAUGUUCCCGUCGUGCUUCAGCUCCAGCCCGUGCAGGUUCCCGGCACCAACACCACCACCACCGCCACCACCGCUCAGGCCUCGCCGCCCGGCCUCAAACUGACCCAACUCAUCGUCAACCUCCAGGGCCAAGCCUUCGCCCUGGUGCCCCAGCUGGUCCAGGCGCCGGCCAACAGCGCCACCCGCCAGUUCGUCAAGAUCGCCCCCCUGCCCAUCGCCACCCGGGCCGUGGCCGUGGGCAGCCUGGUCAACGUGGUGGACACCGGGCAGGAGCUCCAGAAGUCGCCCGCGGCCGACGUCAUCCGCGUCCACAAGUGUUCCUUCCCCGGCUGCAACAAGAUGUACAUCAAGAGCAGCCACCUCAAGGCCCACUACAGACGACACACCGGAGAGAAGCCCUAUCCCUGCACCUGGCCAGACUGCGACUGGCGGUUCUCUCGGUCCGACGAGUUGUCCAGGCACUUGCGAUCGCACUCGGGGGUGAAACCGUACCAGUGCCACAUCUGCGAGAAGAAGUUUGCCCGCAGCGACCACUUAUCCAAGCACUUGAAAGUGCACAGGGGACUGAGGAACGACAGAAUAACCAGAACAGCCAGUUAACGUUUGGUCCUGCUCCCAACUUUGUAGAGACUCACGCCAGGGCCAUUUCACCCAUGUAUGCAAUGUACAGAGGACAUCAAGAUGCAUCAACGUGCGUGUCGGACAUACGAUGAGGAGGACUAGAGGUUCUUGCUUUACAAGUUUUUUUUCUAUUGAAGUGAAACUCAUUUAUCACCUGAUGUCUACUUUAAUCUGCUCCUUGUGCUCUUCGUAUAAUCGCAGAGAUGUGGGUCAUUUUCAAUGUAGAUAUCUGGUCACGUCUUUGGACUUCUUCCUUAGCUUCUAAACUAGACCAAUCAACUGGAGCUCAAUGGAGAGAUGAACCACACAAUAGCUUUUUUUUUUUUUUAAAUGCGGAGUUACGAAUGUUACAAAUGGGAAGAAGCACACUCAGUACCGACUCUUAAAUAGAAACUGAAUGUAAAGCAAAGACAUCUAUGGUGAAAGAGCAUUAUGUGAGACUUGCAGGUCAAAGACCUGGUAUAGGUACAAUGAGCCAAAUGGCAGCUUCCUGUAUAUAGGAUAUUAUAAUGGUUACAAUAGAUUAUUGAAAAUAAUGUCAGGUAUAUUCGUGAGGUCAGGCAGCAUCUGUGGAGAGAGAAAUAGUCAAUGUUUCAUGUCGGCCCUUCAUCAGGACUGAGAAUUAUUGAAAACUAAACAGUCAAAUGGUUCAAUGGUCCUUUAUUGUCACGUGUACUGAGGUACAGUAAAUUUUGAUUUAUCAUACAGUCAUACCAAAAAAAGCAACAAGAUACAAAACUACGUAAAGAUUAAACAUAAACAUCCACCACUUUGGCAUGUGAGGAUCCCCAGGGCACGCAGCAUAAGGGGAGACCCACAGCCAUCAGUUCAAUGUCUGGGCCACACACACACGCGCCUUCACCGUGAUGUGACCAGAGUUGUGCCGACCGCUGUCACUCUCUGCGGUCCCUGUCCGCCCGAACGGUCAGAGAGCCGUCCACACUCGCACCAGCCUCCGGGAUGUCCUUAUGGUGCGAUGGCCCCGUAAGGAUCACCGCACUCACGGCAAUCUCACCGCGUCCUCACCAGCGCAGGCAGCACGUCCAUCUUGUUUUUCAGCGACCUCACAUUCCCCACUGUGAUGGAAGGCGAAUAACUUUUACCUUCUUCCCCCUUUUCUCCCACGGUCGGGGCGAUCGAAACAACCGUAGUCGGGGCGAUCGAAGCCCCCGCAACGGCGCAGUCGAGGCUCCCGCGAUCCUACCUCCUGCGGUUGGAGCUCCCGAAGUCAAUCCCUAACAAAGGGAUCAGACCAGAGAAUUUUGUUUCUUAUGGUCUGAGAAUCCUUUAGGUGCCUUUUGGCAAACUCCAAGCGGGCUGUCAUGUGCCUUUUACUGAGGAGUGGCUUCCAUCUGGCCACUCUACCAUAAAGGCCUGAUUGGUGGAGCGCUGCAGAUAUAGCUGUCCUUCUGGAAGGUUCUCCCAUCUCCAAAAAGGAACUCUGUAGCUCUGUCAGAGUGACCAUCUGGUUCUUGGUCACCUCCCUGACCAAGGCCCUUCUCCCCCAAUUGCUCAGUUUGGCCGGGCGGCCAGCUCUAUGAAAGGUCCUGGUGGUUCCAAAGUUCUUCCAUUUAAGAAUGACAGAGGUCACUGCACUCUUUGGGACCUGCAAUGCUGCAGAAAUUGUUUUAUACCCUUCCCCAGAUCUGUGUCUCGACACAAUCCUGUUCUCGGAGGUCCACGGCUAAUUCCAUCGUCUUCAAGGCUUGGUUUUCGCUCUGACAUGCACUGUCAACUGUGGGACCUUAUAUAGACAGGUGUGUGCCUUUCCAAAUCAUGUCCAAUCAAAUUAAUUUUCCACUGGUGGACUCCAAUCAAGUUGUAGAAACAUGUCAAGGAUAAUCAAUGGGAACAGGUUGAACCUAAGCUCAAUUUGGAGUCAUAGCAAAGGGUCGGAAUGCUUAUGUAAAUGUGAUAUUUCAGUUAUUUAUUUUUAAUUACUUUGCAAAAAUCUCUAACCUAUUUUUGCUUCUUCAUUCUGGGGUAUUGUGUGUAGAUUGAUGAGAAAAAAUGAAUUUAACUCAUUUUAAAAUAAGGCUGUAACGUAACAAAGUGGGGAAAAAGUGAAGGGGUGUGAAUACUUUCUGAAUGCACUGUAGGUGUGACCUUCCCAACAUAACCAGCACAUGUUCCAGUGGUGCAGAGCUAAAGUUGUUGCCUCACAGCGCCAGAGACCCGGGUUCGAUCCUGACUACAGGUGCUCUCCGUAUGGAGUUUGUACGUUCUCCCCGUGACCGUGUGGGUUUUCCCCGGGUGCUCCGGUUUCCUCACACACUCCAAAGCUGUACAGGUUUGUAGGUUAAUUGGCUUUGGUUUAAAUUGUAAAUGGUCGCUAGUGUUUAGGAUAGUGCUAGCAUAUGGGGAUUGCAGGACGGUGCGGACUCGGUGGGCCGAAGGGCCUGUUUCCGCGUUGUAUCUCCAAAUUAAACUACUAAACUAGUUACAGUCCCGGGUCGAAUCCUAACACUAAUGCAUUCCAACCACGCAAUGCUGAUUAUUUUUGUGUCCUUUGUCACUUACUCCACCAAUUAUAACUUCCCCCAUCUGUAUUCUCCUAUCUCUUUCCAGGCUUUGCCCCCCACCCCACCUGUCUUUACCACCUUUCCUCAGCCCAGUCCUCAGUCUGAAGAAGGCUCCCAACCCAAAUGAAAAGAAAGAGUAGUAUGAUGAACAAAGACUUUGUUCUGGCUGUAUGAAUUCUUAUGCAGCCGAUACUCAAUAUCUUCAGAGGAAGUGGUCUCCUGUAUGAGUUAUCCAUAGUGGCUAGUGUCAAGAGAUUCUUGAGUAGUGAGUCGAGGUGGUGCGUACGGCGUCGAGGCGGCUGCGGGCCGGCAGGCCGUUGUCGCGCGGAAUUGUUGAACACGGUCAGUCUUUCGGAGCUCCGCGCGAUGUCGGGACCAGCUCCGCACAACUCCAUACGGCUCCAGCGAUCGAAGUGGGACCGGCCCCGCGAGGCCGUACGGCUCAAGCGACCACGUGAGGUCGCGCUUGCCGCAUGGUGUCGCAUGCUCGUGGGACAGGCCCUUAAGGCUGUCAACGGCUGUGGGGAGAAAGCAGGAGAAUCUGGUUGAGAAGGAAAGAUGGAUCAGCUAUGAUUGAAUGGCGGAGUAGACUGGAUGGGCCAAAUGGCCUAAUCCUAUAACUUAGGAACUUAAGUCAUAACCCGUUGCCUUUAGGAAUUAAGCCAAAAGAACUGAGUUGGGGAAAUGAAUGGAAGAAUUCUCUACAAAAUUCAUCAGAGCCACUCUCAAGCCAAAGGAAAGCCAUCUUGUGUGGAAAGGGAAGACAUGUCGAGUUGUGAGACGGGUAUUAUGUUCAGGAUUUAGCAAAGUCAUGAAAUGUUAAUCGAAAUUCCAGCUCAUUGAAAGUUUAUCAUAAACAGCAGCCCCUUCAAAGCUUAACUCGGGUGGCAUUGGUUUCAAAUCUGUCUUCCAGCAGUCAGAUAUUCAGAGCUACUGAUGUAGACUGAGUGGAGGAGACAGGCCUCGCCAUUGUUCACAGUGAUAUCGCAGUCGGCCAGUUUCACCACACGUUUUGCAUAUCUCCCUAGUAUCCUGUUUCCUGCUUAUGUUAUCAAACAUUCGUUAUAAGUUGCUCCUGAGGCCUUAACUUAAAACGAAAAACAAAAUGGCACAAAGCGCUGGAGUAACUCCAGGGCAGCAAGUAGGGUGGCACUGUGACGCAGCGGUAGAGUUGGUGCCUUACAACACCAAUCCUGAUUACGGGUGCUGUCUGUGCGGAGUUUGUCCGUUCUCCCUGCGUGGGUUUUCUCCGGGUGCUCCGGUUUCCUCCCACAUUCCAAAGACGUGAAGGAUUGUAGGCUGACAAAAGUGCUGGAGAAUCUCAGCGGGUGCAGCAGCAUCUAUGGAGCGAAGGAAAUAGGCAACGUUUCGGGCC